AUGAAAUUGGCUGACAUUUGUCCACUAUUUAAAAACGAAGAUCGUUCAUCAAAAUUGAAUUAUCGUCCUGUUAGUAAACUGAGCAGUGCGUCAAAAAUUUUUGAACGUAUUUUGUUUGAUCAGAUUUAUGAAUUUAUUGAUAGUAAAUUAUCACCUCUUUUGCCAGGUUUUCGUAAGGCUUGUGGAAAGAGAUUAUUAGUGGUGUUCGAUUCUGGAGCUGAUGUUAAAAUUUGUAAUUACGCAGAUGACAAUACACUUUAUACAUAUGGAAAACAAUUUGAGGAGAUAAAGUUAUGUUUAGAAAGUGCUUUUUCAACUGUUGGGAGAAUAGACGCUGAAUACAUAGCAAAAUUCUACUGUAAAAAUUGCGACUCAAGUACCACCAAGAAACUUAACCGGGAUCAGGUGAAGACGAAUGUACCGUCCAUGGCCAAAUUUAUGGACAAAGAAGAUACCUUCAGGCUGAUGCUGAGAAACGGCGUGUAUCCCUAUGAAUACAUGGAUGGAUGGCAGCGAUUCGAGGAGCUGGAACUACCUCCAAAGGGUGCAUUCUACAGCAAACUAAAUAUGAAGGGGAUUAGCUACAGGGACUAUACCUAUGCCAAAGAAGUAUGGAAUAUCAUUACCACAGAGGGUGAUAACGUUACCAUAAGAGACUAUCACAACCUCUACCUGACCACAGACGUCCUGCUGUUGGCCGACGUCUUCGAGACAUUUCGAGGUCGCACCCGGCUUGGCCUGAAAAGCAGCCCUAAAAUUCACGGGCAAAGGCUAGAACUCCUUAUGGACCCCGACAUGCUCCUCAUGUUCGAGAAGGGUAUAAGAGGAGGUAUAACACAAGCCGUACACCGAUAUGCAAAGGCUAAUAAUAAGUACAUGAGAGAGCAGUAUGAUCCGGAGUUUGAAUCCUCAUACUUGCAAUACCUCGAUGCCAACAACCUAUACGGCUGGGCCAUGAAGCAGGAUCUGCCCACAGAUGGCUUCAAAUGGGUGCGGAAUGUCGAGGCAUUCACCGAAAGGCGGAUCAGAAAACUUGUUGAGGACAACAAGCAUGGCCAUAUUUUAGAGGUAGAUAUUGAUUUCCCCGAGGAAUUACAUGAGAAGCAUAACGCGCUGCCGUUUCUGCCCGAACGAAGAGCCCUUUACGAGGCUAUAAAACAUGGGUUUGAGCUCAAGAAGGUGCAUAGGGUGAUCAGGUUCAACCAGAAGGCAUGGUUGAGGGGGUACAUUGAUCACAACACAAGGUUGAGAACGGCUGCCAGGAGCGAGUUCGAGAAGGACUUCUACAAGUUGAUGAAUUUGAGCGUGUUUGGCAAGACCAUGGAAAACAUCCGGAACUACCGCAACAUCCAACUGGUCACUAAUGAGGAGAAGUACACAAAGCUUGUAAUGAGACCGAAUUUCAAGGGGGUUAAUCGGUUUAGCAAUCACCUACUGGGUGUAGAGAUUGGUAAAACAGAGGUCAAAAUGAACAAGCCUGUGUAUAUAGGGCAUGCCAUCUUUGAUAUGUCAAAAAUAGUCAUGUAUGAAUUUCAUUACGACUACAUGCAGCCCCUAUAUGGUAGCAAGCUACAGCUCUGUUACAUGGACACGGACAGCUUCGUAUACGAUAUCAAGACACAUGAUUUUUACAAGGAUAUUGCGCAGGACGUCGAAAAAAGAUUUGAUACAAGUGCGUAUAAUACCGAUGAUGGAAGACCGCUCCCUAUAGGAAAAAACAAGAAGGUGGUGGGCCUGAUAAAGAGUGAGCUGGCUGGUAAAAUUAUGACUGAGUUCAUUACAUUGAGAGCAAAACUAUAUGCGUACAAGAGCCGCACAAAAGAGGGUGGUAAUCGCAAAGCGAAAGGCGUCAAGAGGUGUGUCACUAUAAAAUCUAUCCCCUUCGACGACUAUCAACGAUGUCUCGAGGAGGUCGUUGAUAUAUACAAAAUUUAG